GCUGAGAAUAUGUCCGGUUCAGCCAUGUACGAAUUGGUACGUGUCGGUUACUUUGAACUUGUGGGUGAAAUUAUACGGCUUGAAGGUGAAAUGGCUACAAUACAGGUGUAUGAAGAAACUUCAGGUAUUACAGUUGGUGAUCCUGUGCUAAAAACGGGUAAACCGCUCUCGGUGGAAUUGGGACCCGGUAUAAUGGGCAGCAUCUUUGACGGCAUACAACGCCCGCUGCGAAGCAUAAACGAACUCACCAAAUCUAUUUACAUUCCUAAGGGUGUAAAUGUUAAAAGUUUAUCGCGUGAUAUAUCCUGGCAAUUUGAGCCAGCAAAAAAGAUUGUCGCAGGAUCGCAUUUAACUGGCGGUGAUAUUUAUGGCACAGUACAAGAGAACACAUUAGUAAAUCAUAAGAUACUAUUGAAUCCACGUGCAAGAGGUACUGUGAAGUAUAUAGCGCCCGCCGGUCAGUACACGGUUGAUGAUAUUGUACUCGAGACUGAGUUUGAUGGUGUUGUGACUAAGCACAGCAUGUUGCAAGUUUGGCCAGUACGUCAACCACGGCCUGUUAUAGAAAAGCUGCCUUGCAAUCACCCAUUGCUGACCGGACAACGUGUGCUGGAUUCACUUUUUCCCUGUGCCUUGGGCGGAACAACUGCCAUUCCGGGUGCGUUUGGUUGUGGAAAAACCGUUAUAUCACAGGCUUUAUCCAAAUACUCCAAUUCUGAUGUCAUUAUUUAUGUCGGCUGUGGUGAGCGCGGUAACGAGAUGGCUGAAGUAUUGCGUGAUUUCCCCGCAUUGUCUGUUGAAAUUGAUGGUGUUACCGAGUCCAUCAUGAAGCGUACCGCUUUGGUCGCCAACACCUCCAACAUGCCUGUCGCUGCUCGUGAAGCUUCUAUUUACACUGGUAUCACACUGUCUGAAUACUUCCGUGAUAUGGGUUACAAUGUAUCUAUGAUGGCUGAUUCCACCUCCCGUUGGGCUGAGGCUCUGCGUGAAAUUUCAGGUCGUUUAGCUGAAAUGCCUGCCGAUUCUGGCUACCCAGCCUACUUGGGUGCACGACUGGCCUCCUUUUACGAGCGUGCUGGUCGCGUAAAAACUUUGGGUAAUCCCGAGCGUGAAGGUUCCGUUUCCAUUGUCGGUGCUGUAUCGCCACCUGGUGGUGAUUUCUCAGAUCCUGUCACCUCAGCUACACUCAGUAUUGUGCAAGUGUUUUGGGGCUUAGAUAAGAAAUUAGCGCAACGUAAACAUUUUCCCUCUGUCAACUGGUUGAUUUCGUAUUCAAAGUAUAUGCGCGCACUGGAUGAAUAUUACGAGGAAAAUUUCCCAGGAUUUGUUGCUCUGCGCAUAAAAGUACGGGAAAUACUGCAAGAAGAAGAGGAUCUCUCAGAAAUUGUGCAGCUAGUAGGAAAAGCGUCACUAGCCGAAACGGAUAAAUUGACGCUGGAGGUGGCAAAGCUGCUUAAAGACGAUUUUAUGCAACAAAAUUCCUAUUCGUCGUAUAAUCAUUAUUGUCCUUUCUACAAGACUGUGGGCAUGCUCAAGAAUAUAAUAACUUUCUACGACUUAUCACGCAAUGCUAUCGAAUCAACAACAACAGGAGAGAAUCGUGUUACAUGGAAUGAGAUACGCCAAGAAAUGGGAAAUAUACUGUACGAGUUGUCAUCGAUGAAAUUCAAGGACCCACAAAAAGAGGGAGAACGAAGAAUCAAGAGUGGUUAUAAAAGACUGAAUGAUGAAAUGCAGUAUGCAUUCAGUCGCCUGUUGGAAUAAAUUAUUUUGGUAAUCGUUGUUGUUAUUUUUUUUUAAUGCAUAAUGCCUUAUCUGUUAUUUUGAAGUAACCGUUUAGUAGAAUAUAAUAGAGAGUCGGAAUAAAAAAUCUGUAUCCUAAAUUUAGUAUUAAAUUCGUGGUAGCUUGCUAAAAGUUCGGAGGACGCACAAGCUGGAAUGACAACAACUUUCGCAGAGGAUUUGACCAUUGACUGUGAUAAAAAGUGACAAAGCCCCGUUUGGUGCAGCAUCGAUAAAAACCGGAGGGGGUUAUCAUAGUCGCAGCAGUUCAGGAAACCAAACUCCAUUUCGAUUCAAGCCCCCAGAGUCAGAACGAGUACAAAGUUUUCCGAAGAGACUCCACGUUUCGCACCAUCAAUGAAGAUGCUCCUACCAGGA